AUCAAGCGUCUUGCUAGCCCGCGCUUUCAAUCCUUCAGCAUUUCCGUUAGCUGUUUCUCGGUUUCUCGGGAAGGAUUGUUCAUUUUAUUUUAUUCAGCGGUGGUGCUUCCCUGAGUCUCAAAAUGCCUGUUAAAAGAUCACUAAACUUGGAUGGUCUGUUAGAAGAAAAUUCAUUUGAUCUUUCAAAAAUGAAAAGGAAGAAAAAUAUUACAACUUAUUCUCCAACAACUGGAACUCGUCAAAUAAGCCCAUUUACUUCUCCUACAAGCUCUAAAGAACAAGAUCGCAGAGAUGCACCAUCAAACGGAAAGAGAAAAAAUUUGAAUUAUCUCUGUUCAAGAUUAUCUGAAAGAAAAGAAUCUGCAACAAAAGACAAUGAUGAAUUCAUGAUGAUGCUAUCCAAAGUUGAGAAUUCAUCAGAAGAAAUCAUGGAAGUGAUGAAAAAUUUAAGUAGUAUACAGGCUUUGGAGGGCAGUAAAGAGCUUGAAAAUCUCCUUGGUAUUUCCUGUGCAUCACAUUUCUUAAAAAGAGAAAUACAGAAAACCAAAGAACUAAUGACAAAAGUAACAAAACAAAACCUGUUUGAAAAAAGGAGUUCAGAACCUCCUAACAAAGAAUUAUGUCAUCUUGACAGCUAUGAAUUCCUUAAAGCUAUUUUAAACUGAGCGGUGGGCCAGUGAAGAUUGGAGAAGUAACAACCCAAAAUAUGUUUUAAGAAGAAGAAUGUGGUUGCUAUGUGAAGGAUGAGUCCUGUCAAAAUACUGUUCAUGACCUACAUCAGUGUAUCUAAAUUACCUUUCAUUUGCUUUUGUGAUGUUCAUCUCAAGAACCAGCAUGGCAGUAGAGAUAAGUAUAUAUAAAUGCUAUUACUCCCUACUCUUGUGCUAUGACAUGCAUCACAUUACUCAAGUAUUUCUUCAUGUUGAAUCCUGGAUUUGGUCUCAGCACAUUUCUCACAGCAGCCAUGAUCAGUAACAAGACCUGGCAUGGUAAGAGAAAGGGAUUUGGAAUUAGAGGUCUAGCACCAACUCUUCUACCUAUUUAGCUGUAUGACCUUUAACAAGGCAUUUGUUCCCCUAAACUUAGAUUAUAAAAUGGGACUGGUAAUUACUUUGUGGUGCUGUUCAAACUAGUCUAGUUAGUACCUGCCUCAUGGUAACUAUUUAAUAAAUAACAGGCAUUUCCUCUACACAAUUAUCAUAGUUCUGAUAACUUUGUAUCAGUAGCCUAUGAAGCUAUUAAGAGAUUAGGUGAACCCUAGAGUGCUUAAAAUCUUCUAUAGGAAUGCAGACCAUGCCCUAAAAUAAGAGUUGGUAAGAGCUGGGUUGUCAACAUGUUUUCUAGGACAGGAAACAGAAUACAUGUGGACUCUUAGGAGAGAGGAAACGCAAGUAACUACCAUGCUCUACUUCUUCAAAGCUUUACAGCUCUAAGCAAGGAAGGGACAUUUCAGAAGAGAAUGAUCCACAUGCCCUAUUGGAAAUGUAUGUCAGUUGCCAAUGGCUGCUGUUUUCAAAGGUUUCUUCUCACACACGGGUCCUAAGUCCAAAUAGACAAGAGCCUCUGCUACCACUAGGAGGCCCCAGAGGGACACACACUGAAUAGUAAUCUAUCGUAGAAAAUACCGUCUUUUCUUGUUUUGACAGCUGUUGUAGGAAACACCUGCUGAAAGGCCCUUUAGGCUCAUGGAAGAAAGGCAUAUAUUUGGUUUUUGCCAUAGGUCACACUGGAGGGUUUUGUGGGGUUUUUUGUUUUUGUUUUUUUUAAUUAGAGAAGUUGUUGAUUUACAGCAAGAUCAUGCAGAAAAUACAAAAUUCCCAUAUACUCACUCUCAUUUUUAACAUUUUGCAUUAUUGUGGUACCUUGUUACAAUUGAUGAGAGAACAUUAUAAUUGUAAUAUUAUUGUUCAUAGUUUAUAUUAAGGUUUGCUGUUUAUGUUAUACAGUCCUCUGGUGGUUUUUUCCCCCUUUAAAUUUUUAUUCUAGCAACAUACAAACCCCCUAAAAUUUCCCCUUUUAACCACAUUCAGAAGUAUAAUUCAGUGGUGUCAAUUACAUUCACAAUGUUGUGUUACCAUCACCACUAUACAUUACCAAAACCUUUCCACUGCCCAAACAGAAACUUGUGUUGGAAUUCUUAAAUCCUCUCAGAAGUAUGUCCUUUAAGAUCCAUAUUCACAUAAGGUGAAGAGUGCUAUGUCAAAGUCUUCAUAUUCACAAUUAUUUGUGAAGGUGCCUCUUACAUAGAAGACUCAAAAAAAAAAAGCAAAUGAGAGAUUACAAGUAUCUAAACUAGGUAACAAAUUGCAUGGUAAAUGAGUGCUUAAAUUAUUUCUAAAGUCUUGGUGAGGUGCAUGUUAAUUUGGAACCUAACUCUUGAUGAUUUAAUAAUCAUCUUUCAUAUCCCACAGGCCUUUAGAAGAAAUGCAGCUACUGUGAACACCAACUUCUCCAUCUGCCUGAUCAUAUUUAAAGGAACAGAAGAUAUGUUUGUAAUUAAUCUGCCCAGUAAAUACCAGCUCAUAGCGCUAGGCAGGUGCAUGUCUAUAUAAAAUUUCUUGCAGCUAAUUUAAACUUUCUACACACACCAGCAGAUAACAUCAAUGUAAAUAAUACAUUUCUUCAUAACCCUUUAGUAUAAGUCGACAUGUAUAAGAGAAUCUUGACUUACAGUCUGUAUCACAUAUGCUUAUUUUUAUACUUUUAGUGCUUGUGGAUAGACUUAAUAAAGCAUUUAUGAAAAAUGGCA